UUUUACAGAGAAGCUAUGGUUUCUGUUUAGAUUCCAAGACAAAGCUAUAUUCAUUCCAUAAGGAAAAAAAAUGAAACAGAGGAAUUCGCACUCAAUACUCUGUUUUAUUAUCCUCAUAAGUUCAGUUUCAGCGGAACAAUGCAUCAACACUGGUACUUUCAGACUCAACAGUUUAUACGACGCAAAUCGCCGCCUCAUCCUCUCUUCUCUUCCUUCCAGUGUCAUGGCUCAAGAUCGCUUCUUCGUCAAAGGUUCGACUGGUCAAGUUCCGAACCGUGUAUAUGCAAGAGCAAUGUGCAUCCCCGGAUCAACAAAAGAUGACUGCUCUGAUUGUAUCAAGACCGCGUCUAAUGGUUUGAUACAGAGUUGUCCUAACCAAACAGGCGCAUUUACAUGGCGAGUUGAGCCCACAGUUUGCCAUGUGGGCUACUCGAACAAUUCUUUCUCAGAUCUUUACCCGACUAAUGUGGUCAACAACAACACUGGAGAUAUUAACUCAAAUCUAACAGAGUUCACGGCUGUAUGGGAAAAUUUAACUGCUCAUAUGAUUGUUGCAGCCUCCACAGAAAGAGAGACAGCAUUGUCUAGCAAUAAGUAUUACAAAGCUGAUGCUGCGGCCUUGACACCUUCCCAGAACAUAUACGCAUUGAUGCAAUGUGUGCCGGAUUUGACUUCUCUUUCACAUGAUUGUGAAAAUUGUUUGAAACAAAACGUAGCUGAGUACCAGUCAUGCUGUAGACAGAAGCAAGGAGGCGUUCUUAUGCGGGCAAGCUGCUUUUUCCAUUGGGAUUUGAAACCAUUCUCCAAGGCUUUUGGAAACAUCAUGGUUACUUCUUCUCCUCCUCCGCUGCAACAUGUCAAGACAUUCCAAGGUGAUAUUGGACCUGUUAAGGCAAUUGUUGUUCCCAUUGUAGCAGUCGCCUUUAUCAUCAUCAUCAUCUUAGUACUGACUGCUCGACGAUCUGCUGUACUUUGCUGGAGGAGAAACCCAUAUCAAGGAUUUGAUUUUGAUCAACCUGGUAUUACAACUGUAGACUCCCUCCAAUUAGAUUUUAAGACAAUAGAAGCUGCCACAGAUAAAUUUGCAAUGAGUAACAAGCUUGGUCAAGGUGGCUUUGGCGAAGUUUUUAAGGGUAUGUUGCCUAAUGGAACAGAAGUUGCAGUGAAGAGGCUAUCGAAAGCAUCAGAGCAAGGCGCACCAGAGUUCAAGAACGAGGUUGUUGUUGUCGCGAAACUUCAUCAUAGGAAUCUUGUUAGGCUUCUCGGGUUUUGUUUGGAAGGGAAAGAAAAGAUACUUGUUUUCGAGUUUGUCCCCAACAAGAGCCUCGAUUACUAUCUCUUUGACCCUACAAAGAAAGGGCAGUUAGACUGGACAAAACGGUACAACAUUAUUAGGGGAAUCACUCGAGGAGUACUAUAUCUGCAUCAAGAUUCACGUCUCACAAUAAUACAUCGUGACCUCAAAGCUGGCAAUAUUCUCCUAGAUGUGGAUAUGAACCCGAAAGUUGCUGAUUUUGGAAUGGCGAGAAUUUUUGGGAUUGACCAAAGUGGAGCUAAUACAAAGAGAAUAGCUGGGACACGUGGUUACAUGCCCCCAGAAUAUUUGAUGCAUGGCCGAUUCUCAACAAAAUCUGAUGUCUAUAGUUUCGGCGUCUUAGUUCUUGAGAUUAUAUGUGGUCGAAAUAACAGAUUUGUCCACCAGUCAGACACAACAGUUGAGAAUUUGGUCACAUACGCAUGGAGGUUGUGGAGAAACAAGUCACUAUUAGACCUAGUGGAUCCAACCAUUUCAGAUAAUUGUCAAACGGAAGAGGUGACAAGAUGCAUCCACAUUGCUCUGCUAUGUGUUCAACACAAUCCCACAGAUCGCCCUAGCUUGUCGACAAUCCACAUGAUGCUCACUCACAAUUCCCUUCAGUUACCUGAUCCUCAACAACCUGGAUUCUUCUAUCCAAAUAGACGCAACCAAGAACGAGAUGGUCUAGAGUCUAUCCAGUCCAUGAACAGGGUUAUUUCCCACACUAUCAAUGAUGUAACUGUUACAGAUCUUGAUCCUCGUUGAAGUUGGAACUGUUUGAUCUCUUCCUUGGUUCAAGACUUCUUCUCGCCGAUGAAGCAUAUGCAACUCUCUCUUCUCACACUUAGAAGAAAACUCUCUUUUUAUUCUUCACUCUCUUCGCCAACAGCCUUCGGGCGUAGCUCUCUCUUUUUCUCUCCAAGUGAGAAAUGAGAGACUAUUUAUAGGGAGUGUGGGCGAGCUCCUUAAGCCACACGCAGGGGCUAGGUGUCAUCACCACA